AUGACUGUGGGAAUCUUCGCAAACUGUACCUUCUGUUUGAAAGUCAAGCACUUAUCUCGUCAACAGAAGAGAAAACUACAAACUGAUAUUAAGGAAAAUGGUGGAAAUUUUUCCUUUUUAUUAAAUGCUCAGUGCACACAUGUAAUCUUAGACAAUGCUGAUGUUCUGAGCCAGUAUCAGCUGAAGUCUAUUCAGAAGAACCAUAUUCUUAUUGCAAACCCAGAUUUUGUAUGGGAAUCUAUCAAAGAAAGGAGACUGCUGGAUACAAAGAUUUAUGGUCCCAGUGAGUCACUGGACAUCACACCAGCUUCCAAUGAAGAAUGGAGCAGCUCUAAAAUGGAAACGAAUGAUUCUUCAUUCCUGGACAGUUCCACAGAGGAGAACACUGUUGAACUCACUAAGUUUCAUGCAGAGGAUGUUGAAAUUCCUCAUCUUCCUCAAGAUUUUGAAGUUGCAAAAUAUAACAUCUUGGAAAAAGUUGUGACAGAGGGAGGUAAGGAGACAGCCGUGGUGGAGCUGCAGUGCCUCCAGGGCCCUGAGGACCGUGGCUUUCUGAUAUGCACACACUUCCUCCUGGCCACCGGCACCCAGACCAGGAGGCAGUCCUCUGUGAAGAAAACCUCUGCAGACGCAAGUGAAUACUAUGAGAAUUAUAUUGAGGAGCUGAAGAAACAAGGUUUUCUACUGAAAGAACAUUUUACACCUGAAGCAACCCAGUUAGCAUCUGAAAAACUGCAAGCAUUGCUUUUGGAGGAGGUAAUAAACUCGAGUGCCCUGAGCCCUGAGGUCAGUGCCUUGGUGGAGAUGCUCUGGGCAGAAGCCCUCGGCCGCCUAGAGGACACGCUGCUGAGACCCGUGGGCAUGAUGAGCCUGAAUGACGUGAGCAAGGCAGAGGGAAUUCUCCUCCUGGUAAAGGAAGCAGUGAGAAAUGGAGAAACACAGGAGCAACUGCAAACGAUGCUGACCGAGUUCUACAGAUUAAUCCCUCACAGAGCUGCCACGGCCGAGAAGGUCAGCCUGAGCCUGCUGGCUAAGAAAGAGGACCUGUGCCAGCUAAUAAGAGACAUGGUUAAUGUCUGUGAAACUAAUUUGGCCAAACCCAACCCACCGUCUCUUGCCAAAUACCGAGCUUUGAGAUGCAAAAUUGAGUAUGUUGAGCCAAACACUGAAGAAUUUUUGAGAGCAAGAGAAGACGUGCUGCAGAAUAAUCACAGUAAAAGUCCAGUGGACAUCUUGCAGAUAUUUAGAGUUGGCAGAGUAAGUGAAACCACAGAGUUCCGGAGCCACCUUGGCAAUGUCAGGCACUUGCUGCAUGGGUCUUCUGUGCAGAGCUUCGUGGGAAUCCUGUCCCGUGGGUUGCUUUUGCCCAAAGUAGUUGAAGAUCGUGGCGUGAAGAGAACAGACAUUGGAAAUCUUGGGAGUGGGAUAUAUUUCAGCGAUUCACUCAGUACGAGCAUCAAGUACUCGCACCCUGGACAGACAGAUGGCACCCGACUCCUGGUCGUCUGUGACGUUGCCCUUGGCAGGUGCAUGGACCUGCACGAGCGAAACUUCUCCCUGACGGAGGCGCCACCUGAGUACGACAGCGUCCACGGGGUGCGGGGAACAGAUACGGUCGGCUCGGACUUUGAGGAUGAUGAAUUUGUUGUAUACAAAACCAAUCAGGUUAAAAUGAAAUAUAUUGUUAAAUUUUCUGUAUCUGGAGAUGAAAUAAAGGACUUUCAUCCUUGUGAUAAUAUGGAAUUAGAGGAAUACAGACCUGAGUUUUCAAAUUUUUCAACAGUUGAAGAUCACCAGCUUCCAGGUAGCACGCCUUUCCCCGACAUCAAGGCCGGUCUCCAGGAUGCCUCUGGGAGUUCAGUUCCUCUGGAGGACGUUCACAUCAAGGGAAAAAUAAUAGACUUUGUAGCCCAGGUCGUUGUUUUUCAAACAUACACAAACCAAAGUCAUGUGCCCAUUGAGGCAAAGUAUGUUUUUCCCUUGGAUGACAAGGCAGCUGUGUGUGGUUUCGAGGCUUUCAUCAAUGGGAAGCACGUGGUGGGAGAGAUUAAAGAAAAGGAAGCGGCCCAGCGAGAGUACCGAGUGGCGAUCAGUCAAGGCCACGGCGCCUACCUGAUGGAUCAGGACGCACCCGACAUCUUCACCGUCAGUGUCGGGAACUUACCCCCAAAGGCCAAGGUCCUGAUCAAAAUCACCUACAUCACGGAGCUGAGCGUCCAGGGUGCCUGCGUGGUCUUCUUCCUGCCAGCCACUGUGGCGCCCUGGCAGCAGGACAGGGCUCUGAGGGAGAACCUUCAGGAUACAGUGGAGAAGAUUUGUAUAAAGGAAAUAGGAAUAAAGCAAAGCUUUUCUCUGAGCAUGUCUGUCGAGAUGCCGCACAUGAUUGAAUUCAUCUUCAGUGACACACACGACCUGAGAAAAAAGAGAACAGACUGCAAAGCUGUGAUUAGUACUGUGGAAGGCAGCUCCUUAGACAGCAAUGGAUUUUCUCUCCUCAUCGGUUUGGUUGAUGUGUAUCUCCCAAGAAUGUGGGUUGAAAAGCAUCCAGAAAAAGAAAGCGAGGCCUGCAUGCUUGUGUUUCAACCAAAUCUUGAUAUUACCAUCCCUGAUGAAGCUGAGAGGAGUGAAGUGAUUAUUUGUCUUGAUUGCUCCAAUUCCAUGGAGGGCGAGACGUUCCUGCAAGCCAAGCAGAUUGCCUUGCACACACUGUCCUGUGUGGGAAAGGAGCAGAAGGUGAACGUCGUCAAGUUCGGCACAGGUUACAAGGAAUUAUUUUCAUAUCCUAAGUGCAUCACAAGCAAUAAGACGCCCACAGAGUUCAUCAUGUCUGCUACACCUACCAUGGGAAACACAGAUUUCUGGAAGACGCUUCGAUACUUAAGUUUGCUGUGCCCUUCCCAUGUGUUACGGAACAUCCUCCUUAUAUCCGACGGGCAUCUCCAGAACGAGAGUCUGACCUUGCAGCUUGUAAGAAGAAGCGUGCCGCAUACCAGGCUGUUCUCCUGUGGGGUCAGUUCUACAGCAAAUCGUCAUGUCUUACGGACUCUGUCCCACUAUGGUGCUGGAGUAUUUGAAUAUUUUAACUCAAAAUCCAAACAUAGCUGGAAAAAACAGAUAGAAGCCCAGAUGGGUAGGAUGAGUUCUCCCAGUUGCCACUCGGUCUCCGUCAAAUGGCAGCAGCUGAGCACGGACGCACCCGCACCCCUGCAGGCCCCCGCCCAGGUGCAGUCCCUAUUCCACAGCGAGCGACUCCUCGUCUAUGGGCUCACGCCUCACUGUACACAGGCAACUCUACAUGCGCUAAUUCAAGAGAGAGAGUAUUCUACAGUGGUGUCAACGACUGAACUUCAGAAGACAACUGGAACGAUGAUUCACAAGCUGGCAGCACGAGCUCUGAUCAGAGAUUACGAAGAUGGCAUUCUCCACGAAAAUGAAGUGAAUCACGAGAUGAAGAAGCAAACCUUAAAAUCUCUGAUUAUUAAACUCAGUAAAGAAAACUCUCUCAUAACACAAUUUACAAGCUUUGUGGCUGUGGAGAAAAGGGAUGGUAAUGAGUCACUUUCUCCUGAUAUUCCAAAUACUUUGGAACUUAUUGCCAAAGAAGACAUAGAUUUUCUGCCAUACAUGAGUUGGCAGGGGGAACAAUCAGAUGCCAGCAGGAUGCAGACUCUUUCAGCAUCCUCUGAAUGGAAGCAAGAAUCCAAACGUAAAUGUAAACUUAAAUGUUGGACUGAAAAGAAACGUUCAGCACUUAACACGAGACUUUCUGAAGAUUUUGAAGCUUUUAGCUUCUAUGCCCUGGAAGAAUCUGAAGCGGUCAGUUUUGUCUUCAGGAAUGCGGAGGAGCCCUGGGGUUUGGGUCCGAUGGAGUCAUCUAAACAAACAGAAGUUAAACCACAAUUCACAGAAGCCAUCUCACAGAAAACAGCCGUUUCCAACAUUCCUACUGCCCCUAGCUUCUUAACUGCACCCCUCCAUGUUGGCUCUGCUUUCCACCAUCAUCCCAGCUCAGCACUGUUUGGUUCUCCAGCUAGUCCCAAACACUUCAGUUCCCCUAAGAAGUACCUGGAGAUGGGCAGUUGGGCCGACGUUUCCCUGGACAUGGCGUCUUUUCCCAGGCUGCAUCUCCAGGGCCCACCCUUGCGACUUGCUGCUGCUCCCAGGGCCUCGUAUAGCUCCAGGUCACAGCUGCCCAAAACUGAUCAAGGGGGUGCCACAGGCUUCGGUGUCCACCCUGUUCAGCUCUAUGUUGCUUCCUGUCCUUCUACAGGUCUUCACCCUAGUCCACUCGUGGGGUCUGUCUUUUCUUCCCCUGCCCCUCCUCCCCCCCUACCCAGGGGGGGGGUUGGCAUUUCUCCUCCCCCUCUUUCCUCUCCUCUUCCUUCUCACCAUAUUCCAGCUCCUAGGAGUGCCAGUUACAAGCUGCCAGUGGCUCCAUCUGGCCCUGCUGAGGAUGCCCAGCCAGACGUUACUCUGUUAGCUGUGUAUGAUGAACCUCUGUCAUUAGACUCCCUCCAACGUGAUUGUUCAUUUUUUGAACGUUCUUCUGAAACGGAAAGUGAUAAAACAGCAGGACUUCUGGCAAGUAGGAUUUUUAAAAAGAUGGCAAAAUAUGACCUGAGAAGUGGCUUUACUGCAAGCGCCCAGGCACAAAAAGAUGAGGGUGGCCUAGUUGGCAAAGCAAGCUGGAAGAAUUAUGUGCCUUCGACUGAACUCUUCAGGCUUCAGACCAAGGAUGGCUGCUGGAAACUUACACAAGAACUGGGAUUUAUAUUAAAACUUAAUACAAAUAUUUUAAACAGCUUUCUUGAACAAAAAGGCAUUCGAUCUCUAGGUGUAAGAGGAAGAGAGCACCUUCUAGACCUGAUCGCCACGUUCCUAGUGCUGCAGUUCCUUUGCACCAAGUUGGAACAGGAGGGAAUAAUCAUCAAAUCGCUGAUGAGACUGGAUGAUGCUUCCAUUCCCAGGAAUAUUCCCUGGGAUUGUGAGAAAAUAAAGAAAGCCAGUGAGUGGCUCAGAAGAACUGAAGGGCAGUACCCAUCCAUCUGCCAGCGGCUGGAGCUGGGUGAAGACUGGGACUCUGCCACCAAGCAGCUACUGGGGAUCCUGCCCAGAGACGCCGCCUCCCCUCCUCACAGGCUUCUUAAGCACAGCCAAGGCUGA